AACAUGACACUUUAUCAAUGAGAAGAAAAAAAACUGACAGUGUCAGUAGUAUUAAGAGUCCCUCCUUUGCAUGUCCAUGCUCAUAAGUCAUCUGCUUGCAAUGCGUGGACAGUGUCUGUUACUCUGAGACUUAUCAGAAGAAUGCUGACCCAGAGGAUAACUCUAGCAGCCUUUGUGCUCUUCAUCCCAACAUCUCAAUGUUCAACAAGAAAUGAUUCCCCAUUCUCACUCACUAACAAGGCCACUGGUUUCUGUUUGCUGAAAAGAUCAACCCGCUGCCUUGAGAUGCGCUGGACAACCGGUGAUCGUCUUUUUACUACCUCAACCAGAAAGUGCCUGGGAGCUCAGGGUAAAAGUGUAGGGAGUGAAGUAAACCUCUACGAUUGUGACGACAAGAGUGAGCUACAAAAGUGGGAAUGCAAGAAUGAAACAUUGCUUGCCCUCAAAGGCCAACAGCUCUACAUUGAAGUCAAACCUGAUGAAACAAUUGCUCUCUCCAGAACUGUCGGGUCGAAUAACGACUUCACAAUCACAGGGACAUCCAGCGGUGCUUGUUCGAGAACAUACAGAGACUAUUACACCAUUGAGGGAAAUGCAUUUGGGAAGAUCUGCUCGUUUCCCUUCCUGUACAAAGACCGGUGGUUUGGAGACUGCACUACGUACGACUCCUCAACGAAGCGUCAGUGGUGUGCGGUUGAAACAAAAUAUGAACAUGAACAGUGGGGAUACUGCCCGACUGCUUCAUCAGACAGCUGGGCGAAUAACAUUGUAACAGGAGCGUAUUACCAGCUCAACACACAGUCGGUUCUGACUUGGGCCCAGGCUGAUACCAGCUGCAAACAGCAGGGGGCCUCCCUGCUCAGUCUCAUCGAUCUUCAUGAGCAGGCUUUUGUCACAGCACUAUUGGGAUCAGGAAAACAUAGACUUUGGAUCGGGCUGGUCUUGGACCCAGAACAUGGCUGGCAGUGGUCUGAUGGGAAGCCCUUCCGUUAUCUGAGAUGGAGUACAGGAAAUCCACUUCCUAAUCCGGGACACAACUGUGCAUUUCUUGACUCUAUUGGGCAGCACACUUGGCAAAGUUCAUCCUGCGUCAAGAAACUGGGCUACAUCUGCUACAAAGACGGGGCCCCGCCAACUCCUCCACAAAUUGAGCAAGGAUUUUGUUCAGCCCCUUGGAUUCCCUACAAUGGCCACUGCUUCCACCUUCAUCGUGCUACGCAAACAUGGUCUGAUGCUCAGAGAGAGUGCCGCAAAGAAGACGGGGACUUAGUGAGCAUUCGCAAUGUGGAGGACCAAAGCUUUGUCAUCUCACAACUUGGAUUCGGAACCUCUGAUGAGCUCUGGAUUGGACUGAAUGACAGGAAGACAGAAGGGCUGUUUGACUGGAGUGACCACUCUACUGUCAGCUUCACCAGCUGGGAGUUUGGGAAACCGUCUGUCUCCACUGAUACAGAGGACUGCAUUCUCAUCAGGGGAGAGAAUGGGAACUGGGCAGAUCGCUCGUGUGAUGAGAAACAUGGUUUUAUCUGUAUGAAGCAGAGUGCCACUGAAAGCACCGGAGAUGAAGUAGAUGUAGAUAUAGGCUGCAAAGCUGGUUGGAAAAGACAUGGCUCCUACUGCUACUUUGUAGGAACAGAGACAAAGACGUUUGAUGAAGCUAAAGAGGACUGUAAGACCUCAGACUCCUACUUAGCUGAUGUUUCAAAUGGGGUGGAUAAUGCCUUCCUCGUCAGCUUGGUCGGGGUGAGACCAGAGAAAUACUUCUGGCUAGGCCUCUCAAACCAGAAAGACAUUGAUCAAUUUGUGUGGACCAACACAGACUCAGUGAGGUUUACUCACUGGAAUGCUGAAAUGCCAGGUUACAAAAAGGGCUGCGUUGCCAUGACAACUGGGAUUUUGGCCGGACUAUGGGAUCUGCUGCCCUGCACCAAUCAGGAAAAAUACAUCUGCAAACACCUGGCAGAGGGGGCAGUUAUAACCGUUGCACCACAGACUCAAACUCCUCCUCAGUGUGCGGAGGGUUGGAUUCGAGUGGGAACAAGGAACAUGUGCUCCAAGUUUUUCACAGGGCCUCGUGCAAAUGAGAAGACCUGGUAUGAGGCCAGGGAUUACUGCAGGGCCAUUGGAGGAGACCUGCUCAGCAUUCACAGCGCCUCUGAGCUACUUGUUGGACGCAGACAUGGAAAAGCCUGGAUUGGACUUCAUAUUCCUGACACGAGCACUGGUUAUACAUGGAGUGAUGGAUCCCCGGUAAACUUCCAGCACUGGCAAGAAGGAGAGCCAAACAAUCACAAUAAUGAUGAAUCUUGUGCUGAAUUCAUAAUCUAUAAGUCAGAUGGGGCCGGGUCUUGGAACGAUGUGAACUGUGAUAGUUACAAUGACUGGCUGUGUCAGAUCCGUGCAGGAGUGACUCCAAAACCACCUCCAAAUAAUACUGCGGUGGACUAUAACACCACUUCAGAUGGUUGGCUUGUGUGGAGAGGGAAUCAGUAUUUUAUUAACACAAACGCAAUGUCCAUGGAGGAUGCUCGUCACUUCUGUCAGCAGAGGCAUGGUGACUUGGUAUCUGUCACCAGUAAAGAUGAAAACCUAUUCUUAUGGAAAAAGAUUUCCAGAAGCUAUAGGUCCUAUUAUUUAGGUUUGUCAGUGGAUCUUGAUGGGUCAUUUUGGUGGAUGGAUGGUUCUCCAGUGGCGUUACAAAAAUGGGAUGAAGAUCAACCAAAUUCUAAUGCCUUUGAUGAGAACUGUGUUUUUAUGACUUAUUAUAUGGGCUUCUGGCGUACUUGUAAUUGUGGCCAAGAGCAACAGUCCAUUUGUAAACGAGGAAACUCAGCACCUGUCAACACCACUGCCGCCCCCACAGUUCCUCCGAAAGGUGGCUGCUCACCCAAGUGGACCAAGUUUGACUCAAAGUGUUACAAUAUCAUUAGUAACCAGAAGGCCACCUGGGAAGACGCAAUGACACAGUGCAUUUCCAUGAAAGGCAAUUUAGUCUCAAUUCCCUCAAGGCGUGUGCAAGCAUUUUUGACCACCAAAAUGGCUGAAUCAGCAACUACAGACCUGUGGAUUGGUUUAAAUUGUUUAAAACGAGAUGGGUUUUACUGGGUCGAUGGCAAAGCAAGGCAAUUCACCAACUGGGGCCAUUCUAAACAUCGACGUCCUCCGGGGGCCUUUUAUCAGAGAUGGAAUGAGGAAGAAUGUGUUGUGAUGACCAGCGGUUCCACCUUUGGCCUCGGUAAAUGGUUAAUUAAGUCCUGCAAUGACACCAAUGGAUAUGUCUGUCAUCGAAAUCUUGACCCAAAAAUCCCAGCUCUGCCAGAGCCAGCAGUUACUAACAUCUAUGUUAAUCUGGGAAAUGACAGCAUCAAGGUUGAGACUAAAAAUCUGACCUGGGACGAUGCCAAGAAACAAUGUGAAGAUGAUAAAGCCAACCUGGCUAGCCUGCGAACUGAGUGGACGCACGCCUACGUGGAGCUGCUGGCUAUGAAUCUCAAAGCUCCUCUUUGGAUUGGAUUGAACAAGAAGCAGACAGGCGGUUUUUUUAGGUAUAUUGAUGGCUGGCACCUGAACGCUGCCAGCUGGGCUGAAGGUGAACCAAGCAGAGACCAACCUUGUGUGUACAUGGAUGUGGAUGGAAAAUGGAGGACUGCUUUCUGCAAUCGGACCAUGAACAGUGUUUGCAUGCUGUCUACAGAUGUGCCACCAACAGAGUCAACCAACUUCCCAGGGAUUUGCCCUGAACAGACAAACGUGGAGUACCAACAGAGUUAUACCUGGCUGCCAUUUAAGGGUCAUUGUUAUUUGUUUAUGACAGAGGAAAUUGAAUGGGCAGAUGCAGCUAGCAGCUGUAUCAGGCAUGGUGGAAUCCUCGCUAGCAUUGAAGAUCCUGAUGAGCAACAAUUCAUUAAAAGCAAUCUGGAAAGAUUUCAAGAUAGCCACAGUGCUUUCUGGAUCGGCCUGUAUAAAACUCAUAAAGGGACAUGGUUGUGGUUGGAUAAAACAGUCAUGGACUACACUAACUGGGCUCCAGACGAUAGUAAUAAUGACUUUGCAGAGAUCGGAACCUCAGAUGGGGCUUGGAGGACAGGUCGCAGAUGGCACGACAGAGCAUACAUCUGUGAAACACCCAAAGUGAUGCCCGAAGAUUCAGGAUCAAAAGCUGAACCUCAUGGAGGUCAGGAUCCUCGCAGUCGUGUCCACACGAGUUUGAUAGUUGUGCUGAUCAUUGCUAUCACUUCUACACUGAUAGUCAUUGCAUUCUUUCUCUACAAGAAGUCUCCUCGUCCCUUACCCACCUUUGACAAUCCACUCUACUUCGACAGUGAACGAUCCCAGCCCGACGUGGUCGAUACCAAUAAACUGAUAGAGAAUGCAGAAGUAGAAAACCCUGAGCCUAUUAUAACUCUGUGAUUUAUAAAGUAGCAGAAUCUAGUGGGACAUACACUAUACUGUCCUGUAUCCCAGACCUUUGUAUUCACUUUGAUGCUUCAUUAGUGUUUAUGCUUAGUUUGUUUUUUUACUAUAGUUGGUAUAUAUUCAGUUAUUUAACAAUAUGUCACUAAGUGUUAGUUUCAAUGGAGUUGGCAAUGUCUGACCUCGUGGAACAGAACAAUUUAGGCUCUAGGAUGUCUCAAUGGGAAUUAUUGGUAUUUGAUUUUGUCUUUUUAUCUAUGAUUGAAUGUAUAUAAUUGUUACAUGUUAUGCUUGUGCUCACUAUAUGCUGUUCAUUGCUUGUAGUGCCUGUGACUGUUAAAUGAACAUUAAACUUGGCACUAAGCAAUUGA